AAUGCCCACUAGCGGGAGCCCGGGCGCUUCUCUCCCGGAGCGCGGUCCGGGCUCAAAUUGCCGGGGUGGGAGGGGAGCCUGCGAGCGGGAUCCCGAACCGCUGAGCGCGCUGCCCACCGCUCCGCCGCCGAUGACUCGGGAGCUCGGGUCCAAGCGCCGCCCAUGCAGAAUCACUGCGCUCCACCGACCCAGAGUUGAUGAAAAACCACUUAGCCGUCUCCGCUGCGGGGAGCCAUGAGCUGUCUGGAUGUUAUGUACCAAGUCUAUGGUCCUCCCCAGCCUUACUUUGCAGCCGCCUACACCCCUUACCACCAGAAACUAGCCUAUUACUCCAAGAUGCAGGAAGCGCAAGAGUGCAACGCCAGCCCCAGCAACAGCACGGGCAGCGGCAGCUCCUUUUCCAGCCAAACUCCAGCCAGUAUCAAAGAGGAAGAAGGCAGCCCGGAGAAAGAGCGCCCACCAGAGGCAGAGUACAUCAACUCCCGCUGCGUCCUCUUCACCUAUUUCCAGGGGGACAUCAGCUCUGUGGUGGAUGAGCACUUCAGUAGGGCCCUGAGCCAGCCUAGCAGCUAUUCCCCAAGCUGUACAAGCAGCAAAGCACCCAGGAGCUCCGGGCCCUGGCGGGACGGCUCCUUCCCGAUGAGCCAGCGCAGCUUCCCCGCCUCCUUCUGGAACAGCGCGUACCAGGCACCGGUGCCCGCGCCGCUGGGCAGCCCGCUGGCCGCCGCGCACUCGGAGCUGCCCUUCGCCGCCGCCGACCCCUACUCGCCGGCCGCGCUGCACAGCCACCUGCACCAGGGCGCGGCCGAGCCCUGGCACCACGCGCACCCGCACCACGCGCACCCGCACCACCCCUACGCGCUGGGCAGCGCCCUCGGCGCCCAGGCCGCCCCCUACCCGCGGCCCGCCGCCGUGCACGAGGUCUACGCGCCGCACUUCGACCCGCGCUACGGGCCGCUGCUGAUGCCCGCAGCCUCCGGGCGCCCGGCCCGCCUCGCGCCCGCCCCGGCGCCCGCGCCCGGCAGCCCGCCCUGCGAGCUCUCCGCCAAGGGCGAGCCGACCGGCGCCGCGUGGGCCGCGCCCGGGGGACCCUUCGCCAGCCCCGCGGGGGACGUGGCCCAGGGUCUGGGACUCAGCGUGGACUCAGGUUUACAGCCUCAGGACAAAAGCAAGGAUCUGUACUGGUUUUAGACAGCCAGCCUUGUUCCCUAUAGGUCUCUGCAUAGAGCAAGUGCUGACUCUCAGAGCUGAAAUCGAGUGGGUUUGUAAUGGCUUCUGAUCUUGGUUUGCAGCUCGUCGUUAUUCCCUCUGUGGUGCAUCCCUCCUGAGCUGAUCAGAUGACCCCGGGUUUCCCCUUCCCUUUCCCUUCCGACCAGCCACGGAGGCUCAGCAUCUGGGCCUCUCCCUUCAUGGAUGACGACGCGGGGGAAGGCAGAGACUUCAAACAUCUCCGCGUGUUGGGAAACCAAAACAUACAUCUACAGAAAUUCUGUCUAACAGUAAUUCCUUCUGCGGAAAGAGCAGAUCCAAAGACUCUGAAUCAUGUUUCAUGACUCUUGGGCAAAUCACUGGAAAUACCGGCGGUGAGCUCACUUAGAUAUGAUGUCCUAAGUUUGCUUGGAAAGAGGAGGGGAAGAAAAGACAUUUUGGUGUGAAUAUUUUUUAUGCUGAUGUGAAUUAUAUCAUUAAGUAGUGUGACCAAAGCACUACUGAUGUCAGUAUCCAGUAUCCUCACAUUUCAACUGUAUUUGUAUUUGCAUCGAAGACUGGGGUAGAGAAGUAAAAGAGGCCAACUCGCAAUGCCUUCUUCCUCACCUCAUGGCCUCCAGCUCCCUUCGUGCCCACUCCCUCUCUGCAACACCCACUCCAGACACAAAGACGCACUCUUUUCCUUUGGACUGUGAACGUGGAAGCCUCAGCCUAAAUGUGAGUGGCAAGUGGCUUAUCUGGAGCCACCUGCCCAAGUCUUACUGAAAUGCAGCUGUUGUAGGACAACUGUUGAAAACUCCAGAAAUACAUCGACCAAGGUGGCGCUUCCCAGUGUUUGGCACAACAAUUGCAAUUGCACUGGAUCUAGUUUGUGUGUGUGUGUGUGUGUGUGUAGAUAUAUAUCAUAUUUUUUAUGAGGAACACUUUACGAUGAAAGAAGAAGCCCUUCUCUGCCUUCUCUCCCACAAAUUCCGUCUCUCCUUCCAUCCUCCUCUGGAUGGAAGAAAAAAAAAAGGCAAGAAACCCCAACUGUCUCCAUGAAGAAGAACCAGGAAUCGCCACAAGGGGAAGAAAUGUCCACAGAGUCUCUAAUACCUCGAAUGUUCCUCUCAGUCUCUGUGGUUGCGAUUUGGUCACUUUCGUUUUGGCACAGGGGAAGGGGUCCUUGCGUGGGCCAAGCUGAAGGUGAUCAGGAAGAAGAAAUGAACAGUAAAGAUGUCUCUUUACUACAGGGUCGCUGUGUUAUUUCAUAAAAAGAAAAUAAAUGUCUUAGUCUUUCUCGAGUAGAAUAAAAUAAUUUAUAGUAGUACAAUCUGAUGUCAGUAACUAAUAUUACUUUAUGUAUAUAGUGCUGUUCGUUUUUCCAAAGUGUUUGCCAUUCUGUGAAACCCACUAACCCUUUUCCACUUGACAUCAACCCCAGGAGUGAGAAGUUAGGUAUCCCACCUCUGUUUCACAAAUGAGAAAACUGUGGCCUGCAGAAGCCCAGGCUUACCUGACAGCAUUCACUGGGUUGAAAGUAGAGAUGGUACGGAAAGCACCACCUGGACACCAUUCAGUGAGGCACACAUUUAUUAUUCUCCAGAAGAGAAUUAUUGUUACUUCUUUGAUUCUAGACUCUUAAGACAGUAGUCAGUUAAAAAGUGUUUUUGAAAUAUUGGUUAUAUUACAGUUUAGGAAGCUAGGCUAAGAAAACAAACCUACCACUAGCCCCCUCACCCACCCCCCCAAAAAAAAAGGAAGAAAGAAAGAGGAGAGAGAGAGGGGUUAAUUAUUAAGAAAUGAGUGGUCUUUUCUCUUAAUUUUCUCUUGAUGCUAAAAUUGUGUUCAUUCACUAAAGUGCCCGAAAGAAAUAUUUUGUGUUAUGUUCAAAUUGCCCUUCUAGAUUGUU